AUGGGCUUGGGUAAAACACUGAGCAUGAUUUCACUUGUUGUACAUAUAAAAGAGCGCCGCAGAGAGAAUCCUGAAGAAUUCAAAAUAUGGAAGAAAAAUGCUCUAAGAGAUCAUGAACUUGUUCGGUCGAAUUCUACAUUGAUUGUUGCACCAGCAUCGUUGAUUUUUCAAUGGCAAUCGGAAAUUGAAAAACAUGUAAAAAGUGAUCGCCUCUCACGUUUCAUCUUUCAUGGACCAAAAACCAAACGAGACAGUAUCAGUCCACGGAGGUAUAUGGUUUUGCCAAAUUUUCUUUUUCAUAAUUACAAAAUUCAAGCUGAUUUUUAG